GCGCAUGCGCAGAUUGGGGAAGGUUCUGGAAGACGGUGGAGCUGCUGCCAUUUUGCGGGAAGAGUAGCAGCUCUAUCUGCCCUGCUGCUUUUCUUACCUAGACUCUAAGAAAUAUCCGAGCCUCCCUCCCCGCAACAUACCCAAAGGAACGGAGAGAACCGGGACAUCCCUGCGGGGACCCGGAACUGACCUGACCGAAUGGCAUCUGAUGACUUUGAUAUAGUGAUUGAGGCCAUGCUGGAAGCUCCCUAUAAAAAAGAAGAGGAUGAGCAACAAAGGAAAGAAGUCAAAAAGGAUUAUCCUAACAAUACCACCAGCAGCACCAGCAACAGUGGCAAUGGGACCAGUGGAAGCAGCACCAUCGGGGAGACAAGCAAGAAGAAGAGGAGUCGGAGCCAUAGUAGAAGCAGGGAUAGAAAGCGCAGUCGUAGUCGAGACCGGGAUCAGCAUAGACGGAGAAACAGUCAGAGUCGAAGUCGAGAUCGGCAGCAUCGUCACCGUAGCCGUAGCUGGGAUCGUCGACGUAGUGAGUCACGAAGUCGGGACCAUCGUCGUGAGGAUCGUGUGCGCUACAGGAGUCCUCCACUUGCCACUGGCCAUAGGUAUGGACACAGUAAGAGUCCUCAUUUCAGAGAGAAGAGCCCAGUCAGGGAGCCAAUUGAUAAUCUGAGUCCUGAGGAGCGUGAUGCCCGUACAGUUUUCUGUAUGCAGUUAGCUGCCCGCAUUAGGCCUCGAGACCUGGAGGACUUUUUCUCUGCUGUAGGCAAGGUUCGUGAUGUACGUAUCAUCUCAGAUCGGAACUCACGCCGUUCUAAGGGCAUUGCCUAUGUGGAAUUCUGUGAAAUCCAGUCUGUGCCACUGGCCAUUGGGCUAACUGGGCAACGGUUGCUGGGAGUGCCUAUCAUUGUACAGGCUUCACAGGCAGAGAAAAACCGACUGGCAGCCAUGGCCAACAACCUGCAAAAGGGCACUGGUGGACCAAUGCGCCUCUAUGUGGGUUCCCUGCACUUCAAUAUCACUGAAGACAUGCUCCGAGGCAUCUUUGAGCCCUUUGGUAAAAUUGAUAAUAUUGUCCUGAUGAAGGACUCAGAUACAGGCCGCUCUAAAGGUUAUGGUUUCAUCACGUUCUCUGACUCUGAGUGUGCCCGGCGGGCCCUGGAACAGUUGAAUGGCUUUGAGCUUGCCGGUCGACUUAUGAGGGUUGGCCAUGUGACUGAGCGACUGGAUGGUGGCACAGAUAUCACUUUCCCUGAUGGGGACCAGGAGCUGGAUCUGGGAUCAGCAGGUGGACGUUUGCAGCUGAUGGCCAAACUGGCAGAAGGCUCUGGAAUCCAACUGCCAACUACUACUGCUGCUGCUGCUGCCGCCGCCGCCCAAGCUGCUGCCUUGCAGCUGAAUGGAGCAGUUCCCUUGGGCGCCCUGAACCCAGCAGCUCUGACUGCUCUGAGUCCAGCCCUGAACCUUGCCUCCCAGUGCUUCCAGCUCUCCAGCCUCUUUACCCCUCAGACCAUGUAAAUCAGUGGCACAGCAGACUGCCUCCCUGUGCCUCUGGGUCCUGCUACUUCACAUCUACUCUUCCAUGGCCCCAUCUCUCAAUUUUGUGGACCAAGCCAUCCUGAGGGCAUGGACAUUGUCUCUGAGGGAACUGGGGCCACCCUUAAGACACCAAGAAGAGCUCCUGCUCAUGGCCCCACUGGAAAUGGACUCUCCUGAGCAAAGCGCCCAGUUGAAGAAAGCAGAAUCUACACCUGCAUUGAGUACCUGUUUCUCCAUGUGUAUUGUCUCUGAGAUGACCUUCUUGCCCUUUCCUACACCUUAAUGAUUCCUCAGUUCCUCCCCCAUUGGGAAGGCCAUAGGGCAUUAACUGAAGGCACUGACCUCUCUCCUUUUCCUGAACCUUUACCCUUCAACCUGUCAAGGAAAACCCUUAGGACCUCUGAAUCAAAAGGACUGAGUUUGUGGGGUGAGCCUUGAAGGUGAUCUUUUCUGCUACAAGGGCCCUACAAGAUAGCAUGGAUUCGUGCAUUGAGAAGCCAACCUCAGACCUUGAGGCCAGCUUGAGGCCAGACCUACUGUAGACUCAGCAUCUUGCUAGGAGGCAUGGGAGUGAUCUAUCCUGCCAGGCAUUUAGGGGCUUUCAGGAAUUUAAAGAGGUGGAGUGUACCUUUCGUGUCUUCCAUCUUCCUUUGAAUACUUGUCCUUCCUCGCAAGUCCUCCCUUUGGCCCAGGGUGGGAGGAUGGAGGGAGGCUGCUACUAUCUACCACUUCCUGUGUGCCUCCACUGUGGCCUCAACCCUGGCAGUUAAAGCUGCUCCCAUUUCCGACCUGGGCAUGUGUGAGUCCUUCUCACUGGAUUUUAUCCCCUUGUGUCUGUGUACAUAAAUAUAUAUGUAUGUAUGUGUGUGUGUGUGUGUGUGUAUAUAUAUAAAAACUUUGUACAAAAGGCAAGCCACCUCCUUGUGUCAGCUGUCGCCCAUUUGUGUGUGGUCUCUGUUGUGUGUCUGUCCGACAACUUCUUAUGAGCCCAAACCAUGAUGUUUCUAGGGAUUAUAAAAGAUUAGUAGCACCA